AUGGUGUUCCUGCCUCACCAUGUGCACAAGAAAGAGUCCACCUCUCGCGGUCUGAGCAGUGUGUGUUUGGUGCCGCAGUACAGGAGAUCCAGAUUCUGUGGCUACGUCUUCAUAUGGGACAAGGCUGAACAUGAUGUGGCGGCCGAGACGGAGGGGUGGCGCACCACACUGCGGGAGGAGAUCGUUGCUCUCCACCAGAAAGGCGAGGCCUACACCAUCCUCUCUCUUGUCUCCACCUUCACGGAAAACAAGACCCGCCCUUGGGAUCCACUGCUGCUCUGGGUGCAGCCUCAACCAUGCUGCCUCUCUGCCUUGGCCGCCCACGUCAGGGCCGCCAACAUCUCUGCUCUGGUAUCGGUUGGCUGCGGCACUGGUCUGCUAGAGUGGCUUAUUCAGGCCAUCACAGGUCUUUCUGUCGUGGGUUAUGAAGUGAACGCCAGUUGGUGGACCUCCAAGUACGCCCCGCCGACGUUCAUUCCGCUGACCUUCGUUGACCAGGAAGCCCCUCCUCCCAAAGUACCGCACACUCAUGCCCUGAUGUGCUGCUACUUCAAUAACGCCAAAGUGUUUCGGCAAUACGUGUCAGCCUACGAGGGUCCCGUGCUGCUCAUCAUCGGGGCCACAUCUGGAGACCGCCACACUGAUCCCCACCCGCUGGACUAUGUGGACAGAGACACAUGGCGCCUCACACUCACUCACAGGAUCUCCACUCACGACCUCCUGGCAGGCUACCACCGGCAAACUAGAUAGACUAUUAUAUGUUUAUAAAAGAUAUCAUGAUGUGCUUACCGCCACCACACACAACCCACACAAUAGGCCCACCACACUCUUGAAAACUCAGAAGCAGCUCAGCCUGGCAUGACAUGGCACCAGCGUUAAUGAGCAUUCUCCCGAGUGGAUACAGCUUGUGGCAUGGGUUAAAUUUGUAGCGUCCGGUUAAUAAAAAAGAAAAUAUUGAUGUUCUAAGGGUUUAUUGCUAACUUCAUCCGAUUUUCAAUGUGAACAUUUUUUUUUCUUUUUGAUAUUCAGUAUGACGGCCAAUAAUGCCAAGGCGUCAGGUAUUCCUCCUGCUUGUGAAAAAUAAGAAGUCAUUAAAAUAGCACGGUGAAUUAAAAUGUUUGGAAUAAAUGUCACUCCUGACUGCUCUGAUCGCUUGAUAUUUACUGGUAAAAUGUUUUCCUCGCAGCAGAUAUUUUUAUCCAUCACUACUCGUGCAAAAUUCAAUAGUAGAUAGAACUGCAGUUAAAACACUUAUAGG